AUGCGAUCAACUGUCUUUGGUGCAUUCACCUCAACAUUCCUCAUUUUUUCCCAUCAUUUUAAUGCAGUCACAUCGAGAAGUGUUCAACCAAAUAAUGAACCAACUGCAAGCAAAAAUUUUGAUGAUGAUUCAAUACAGCAAUUACCGCUCACUCUUCCAGGCUUACAGAGCUUAAUUUAUUUGGGCCCAAUGGUUGAUAGUAUUGUUAAGUUUCUUUUGAGUUUCUUGCCUGGAGGUAUAGACUUAAAUCGCCUAUUGCCAAAUAAAUGGCCAACGUCUAUCGAUUUUAAUCGUUUGUUCCCAAAGAAUCGAUUCAGCAAUACAGACCUUAAUCGCUUAUUUCCAAAGAGCCAAAAUAAUGAAGACAAAGAUAAUGAAUCCACGCGAAAGUUACCAAACAUGCGACCUUAA